AUGAUUGUCUCGCGCAUGGUCUCCCUCUUCCUCCGCUUCGCCCAGUUUGUCUGCUCGGCAAUCGUUCUGGGCCUCGUUGCCUACUUCCUCCAUCAGCGCGACAAAUAUGGUGUUGGUCCUCUCGGCAGAUCAAUCUAUACAGAAAUCGUCGCAGCACUCUCCGUCAUAUUCUCGCUGAUCUGGAUGAUCCCAACGACGUCGUCCAUCAUCAAUUAUGCAACUGACCUCUUCUUCUCCGCUGCUUGGUUUGCUGCAUUCGGUGCCCUCGUCGAUUGGUAUUACGACGUCAACUGCGGCUCCAUCUGGCACUGGGGAGGCAUCAGGUUUCGCGGCGGAAACUACUGCAGCAAAUGGAACGCCGCACAGGCCUUCUCUUUCCUUGCCGCCAUCUUCUGGUUUGCGAGUUUCCUUCUUGGGAUCAUCGUGUACCACAAGCUUUCGCGCCCUGUGGCUACCGAUGGCACUCAUGGUAGGCGCUGGCGCCGUUCCCACGUCUAA